AUGCCGAUUCUCAUACCUGCCCGGAACUCGCGACACCGGUCAGCCUGCUUCGCCCUCUAUCGCGCCCUCUUCCGCUCCGCUCGGAAAAUCCCAGUCCCUUCAGACCUCGGUCGCGCCCAUGCGAAUCCUAUACACGAUGUCAUCCGAGGCCAGUUUCAGAGGAACCGAGCGGAUACCAGUCCGCGGCUAGUAUACGCCGCGCUCAGCGCUGGGUACAAGUUCCUAGCGCUAUUCGCCAAAGCUCAGGUCGAGGGCUCUCCCGAUCAUGGAGCUAUCAUUCAGCACCUCGGGGAGCGGUCCAAGACGACCGAUACGGCGAAACACAACACGCGGGCGAGGCGGGCCGAACAAUCCUCUCCAUCGCCUUCAGAACCUCCCUUGCUGACUCGGCUUCCCGAUAUGACGGGAAAUCCUGACAAACCACCACGGUACACGUGCACGAUACGACCUCUGUCAAAGUCCGCGAUCCGAGGAGAGCGCAAAAUCCCUCGCCUCUGCGUCACGACGGCUGGUUCGCCCUUUCUCCGAUUUACCAAGCCUCAGCCCAAAGUCCUCUCAACCAAACUCUGGCGUCUGGACAAGACGAUCAAUGAGCUCGUGGAAGCGACGUCAACCAUCAGGGACGAUCUUCUGGACGUCGCGAGGGACGAGGAUGCGUGGGAUCAGAGGGUAAGGGCCAUGCUCGCGAAGGAAUCCUCCGAGCGGAACUUGUCUAGCGUCGAGCUGGACGAGCUUGCCGAGAGGUCCGAUGCCACGUAUACCAACACGUAUGACACAAUCCGGAGAGGGAUCCAGAAGGACAUUGAAUACAUUAGGAAGGACAAUAUCGCUAGAGCGGCCGCAAUGCUUGAGCUCGUGCGCAAGGAGAAAGCCCUUGCCGAGUCCGAGAGGGCAGCAGAAGAAUCAGGCAAGAUGGCGACAUAA